AUGGCACCUUGCCUACCUGAGGUUGUUUCCUUCCACCUGCAGUCCUUCACACAGCGAUUUUUUCGACUUUUCCUCCCACGCGGCCCUCCAGGCUCCACCACGUCGUUCGUACCUGAGCUUUUUAACCUUUUUUCCCUUUCCACCGCACAUACUUUCACGCGACACCGCCGCAGCAGCCACCAACCACAUCUCGGUGCUCAUGGCCUCAAGGUUCAACGUUCCUCCUGCAUCCUCUCUCACCUCACCUUUCUCCUACUGCUGAAUCGACACCCUUCCGACCUCUCCAGCCCAGCAGAGGAAAAUAAACUCCCGUCUCAGAGAUUUCUGACUCCUCCGAGUUGCCUCUUCCAUCUGCUGUCACAACGCACUCACUCACCCAUUCAUACCUUACUCGGUACUCAUUCUGCCGCCCAACCCCAUCGGAGAUUCCCCCGUGCCUGCAGCCUCUUUGCUUUUGCGCCUGCUUCCUUCCUUCCAUUCCCACCCCGCCUUCCUGCCACUCUGGGUAUCUGCUCUUACCCUCUCAUUUGGACCCCCAAACAAACCAACCAACCCAGCCGUGCUUGCCUUGCCUCGCGCUUGCCUUGGCCCCUAAGUACAUGA